GCGAGUACAGGCCCAGCUGAGGGAGGAGGCGUCAGUGCGGCCUGAGCCGGGAAGCCAAGACUGCGACUUCUACUGGGGUUCCCGGACGGCGGCAGAGGGGACGGGGGGGUGGCGGCACCAUGUCGGUGUUCGGGAAACUGUUUGGGUCCGGCGGGGGCAAGUCCGGGGGCAAGGGCGGCCCGACCCCGCAGGAAGCGAUCCAGCGGCUGCGGGACACGGAGGAGAUGCUGAGCAAGAAACAGGAGUUCUUGGAGAAGAAGAUCGAGCAGGAGCUGGCGGCGGCCAAGAAGCACGGCACCAAGAACAAGCGAGCCGCCCUUCAAGCACUGAAACGCAAGAAGAGAUACGAGAAACAGCUGGCCCAGAUUGAUGGUACAUUGUCGACAAUCGAAUUUCAAAGGGAAGCCCUUGAGAAUGCCAACACUAAUACUGAAGUACUCAAGAACAUGGGCUAUGCUGCAAAAGCUAUGAAGGCUGCCCAUGACAACAUGGAUAUUGAUAAAGUAGACGAGCUAAUGCAGGACAUUGCUGACCAGCAGGAACUUGCAGAGGAGAUAUCCACAGCUAUUUCCAAACCUGUAGGAUUUGGAGAAGAGUUUGAUGAGGAUGAACUCAUGGCAGAACUAGAGGAACUAGAACAGGAAGAACUAGACAAAAAUUUGCUGGAAAUCAAUGGUCCAGAAACAGUCCCACUACCGAAUGUGCCCUCUAUAGCACUACCAUCAAAGCCAGUCAAGAAGAAGGAAGAGGACGAGGAUGAAAUGAAAGAGCUGGAGAACUGGGCUGAAUCUAUGUAACUGAUACAACUCUGCGGGCUUGUAUAAAAACAGACUCUGGUCACCUGUUGCAGUUGGGUGUAUGCGUGUGGUGUGGGGGAGGAAAACCAUCUCUUAUCUCUUGGAUCUUAACCCAAGGCAGUGGGCCUGCAUCGCUGCAUACUGGAUAGCAUGGUCUGCACCGAGCGGGAGGGGUUUGGCUGGGGAGCAGCUGGGGGGAGGGGGAAGGGAGUUGCCUGCUGUUUAUAAUGUUGAAUUUCUGUAAAAUAAAAUGUAUUUGCAAAAUCCAGCAUUCAGCUUUUGGACUAUGCUAACUCCUUGCUGGAUCCUCAAUUGGAAUUUAUUGUUCAGAAUUGAAAUGCUCUUCAAAUGUAGUCUUUGUCAUUUUAAGUCAGUUGAACUGUCCCAUAUGCCUUUGUAAGUCUUGUAUGACAUUUAAAAAGAAGUCAUAAGUUUCUUUCUUGUGGUCAGCUGUAAUAAUGCAUUUGAUUUUUGGUUCUCUGUAAGCUGUAUUUAUAUCCAUUGACUGUCUGACUGCCUUUGUAUUUAUCACUCCACUCCUGUCCUUUCACUCCAGAUCACCUUUUCUUUUUAAGUUUGUGAAACUGAUUUGAAAUGGACAAAGUCCUCUUGGAAGCAGGUGAGAUUAUUAGAAUUAAAUUCCAGCUGUACAUUUUUUAACAUAGCUCUACAGAAGUGUUCAUUGCUGUUUGUGAUAACUGAUUGAUAUAGCUCAUUGGAACAUGUGCAUACAUUUAUAUUCAGAUGAAACUAUGGUUUGCACUGUCUAUUAAAUAUCUCAAUUAAUUUUCA